CAUUAAAAGCCAACCAAUUUACAUCUUUUACGGUUCUUAUCGAGUCUAUAAAAACAUGAAAAAAUUAUCUAGCGAUUCUUAUCGUUCAUAAAAAAUAAAUUUAACUUAUCGCCCGCAAACGAAGGCCGAAAAUGUCUUAUUUAUGUACAAAUGUAUCCGUGUAGGAGGAGUCACGGCGUCAGACGUAUAAAGACCAUCUCACGUUCCCUUCUCGUUCCUUCGCUCUUCCUCCAAGCCCAGGACUCCACGUCUGUACACGAGGCCUCACCGGUAACUUCUCACAAUGGGCUUUGGUGAUCUCAAAACACCCGCUGGACUCAAAGUCCUCAACAACUUCCUUUCAGACAAAAGUUACAUCGAAGGGUACGUACCCUCUCAGGCUGAUAUUGCAGUGUUUGAUGCUUUGUCCGGUGUCCCAUCUGCUGACCUCUGCCAUGCUUUGCGUUGGUACAACCACAUCAAGUCUUUCCAGAAGGAGAAGGGCAGCCUUCCAGGUGUAAAGAAGCCUCUCGGUCAGUACGGGCCUGCCGGCAUGGAGGACACAACUGCCGCAGCUCCUGCCGCGGCUGAUGAAGACGAUGAUGACAUCGAUCUGUUUGGCUCCGAUGAGGAAGAGGAUGAGGAAGCCGCAAAGAUCAAGGAGGAGAGGCUUGCAGCUUACAACGCCAAGAAGGCAAAGAAGCCUGCACUUAUCGCCAAGUCUUCCAUUCUGUUGGAUGUCAAGCCCUGGGAUGAUGAAACCGACAUGGCCAAGCUUGAGGAGUGCGUCCGCAGCAUUCAGUUAGACGGUUUAGUCUGGGGACAGUCCAAACUGUUGCCUGUUGGCUAUGGCAUCAAGAAGCUGCAGAUCGCCUGUGUUGUAGAGGAUGAUAAAGUAGGAACAGACCAGCUAGAGGAACUGAUCACAGCCUUUGAGGACUAUGUACAGUCCAUGGAUGUGGCAGCCUUCAACAAGAUCUAAAACCCCACAGCACAAAAGCAUUAAUCCAAUAAAAGCACUUCAAAUGCUU